AUGUCGUCGCAUUUCGAUCUGUCUGGUCUCAAAGCAUAUUAUGUACUUGUUCAUGGGAUGAGCGGAAUUGCCAUGGCCAUGGACCGAUCCACGGCAGCGUCCUCGGGCGCCCUCUUAUUGUUCUUCGUCUACGUCGCGUCUCUCGCCGUCGUCGUCGAUGCCAGCUACGCAUUCUACGUGGGCUCUUCUCUCACGGCAUCCGGCGACAUACUCAUCGGCGGCAGCGGCGAGGAAGUGUCUGGUCACUGGCUCCAGAUAUUCCCCGCGGCGGAGCACGCCGCGAACGAGACCAUCACCGUGGGAGUGACCGACGAGGCCGUCCUCCCCGGGCGCCUCAUCACCAUCCCCCAGGUGAGCCACACCCACCGGUACAUCAGCAUGGAGUACUCGGACUACUGGGGCCUGCCGGCUCCUUUGACCAACGGCGGGCUCAACGACCGCGGGGUGGCGGUGCGGGACGUGUGGGCUCCGAACCGGCGAGAGCUGGUCGACAUGACCCCCGACCCCCAGACGGGGGUCAACUACUCCAACCUGGCGAGGCUGGUGAUGGAGCGCGCUCGUUCCGCCCGCCACGCCGUCGAGAUCAUCGGCGAGCUGAUCCGCGAGCACGGCUACGCCACGUACGGAGGCAACACCCACCUCGUGGCCGACCGGGACGAGGCCUGGGUCGUGUGGGAGUUUGCCGGAGGUCGAAAGUUGUGGGCGGCCGAGAGGUUGCGUCCCGACGAGGUCCGGGUCUUGUACCCCGGGUACAUUGGGGAUUUCCCCGUCGACUUCGAGCGGGACCCCGAAAACUACAUGGGCGCGCCGCACCUGGUGACGUUCGCCCAAGAGCAAGGCUGGUGGAGCAGCCGCGCCUCCAAAACGCCGUCCUUGAUCAACCUCGUCGAGGUCUACGGUCUCGCCCAGGACGACACGUCCCCCGUGGGAGGUGGCGUAGGCCGAGUCUCGCACCGGGAAAUGGAAGAGGCCACUCUAGAAAAAGUCCCCGUCACCGAACAGGACCUCAUGUCCCUGGUUCGUGACCCUCGCAUGUCUACCGACGAAGCCGGGUAUGGCCAGGUGGUCCGCCUCCCCAAGGACGGCAACAUGGACCCGGACCUGCGCCGGAUCUGGAUCGCGCCCACCGGUUCCGUCGCCGCGCCGUUUGUCCCGUGGUGGUUGGGCGUGCAGUCGGUCCCGCCCGAGUUUGGCCAGCACCGGUACCUCCUCAAGGAGGCCUCUUCGACCUUUUUGAACCCGGGUUUCCAGCUCCAGGAAGCCUCCCUCUUUGCCGGCCGCCUGUUCAAGCGAGUCCUGUAUUACAUGUGCUCGGCGCCUCGACUGUUCAGACCCCUGGUGCAAGACAUGCUGGUGGGAUUCGAGUCCCAGUCACUGCGAGACGUCGAGUGGGUCGAACGCACCGGGGAGAUUCUCGUUUCUGCCGCUCGGCGAAAAGAAGGAGGAACCGAUGAAGCCGGCAGAGACUUGCUCCACAAGUUGCUCACGCACUACACCCACUCCCGUGCGAGUCACGCUUUGGAGUUGGGUUCCAGCAUCGUGGACGCGCUGGAUGGGUACAUCAAAAUGACCGGCGGGUGGAGGGAUCCGGUAAGCGGCGACAAACGCAUGAACCUGCCCGCCGACGAAGAAGGCAUCAAUUGUUUGUUGCUAGACGAACCCGAUCCAUUCGAUGCGACGACGACGCCUCCUCCUCCUCUGGCAGCGUUACAACAAAAUCAACGACCUCUGACGAGAGCUGCAAAGGCGUUUGAGAGAUUUUUUGGCGGCAGUUGA